UAACUGUCGUAUGGCGCGCUUAGAAGGAACGCCUUCCUCCCCUCCUCUCUCGUAAAUUUAAAUAAAUCUUUUUUAUUAGUCUAUGUCUGCGACUCCUAACGGUGGGUUCGCAGCAAAUGGUAGGGUUUUUUUAGAGAUCUACCAAUCUUGAGAGAAUUAUCGAAACGAAUGGCAAUCAAAACGUUACACACAUCCCACUUCCGUUUUUCCUUCAAACACCAAUAUGAAGCAGAACAGUGAUUCCACAAAUUUGUGUUCUUUCCUGUUUCUUUUUGGGGGUUGGCCAAACAACAGUUUUGUGAUGCCUAAAAGACUCACAAAAAUGUAUGCCAUAAGUUGUGUACUAUAAAGUUCAUUAUCUGAUACUUAACGUGUUACCCUCAGUUGGCGGAUUCACUCACACUGGUGAGGAGGAGAGAGAUUAAAACAGUGGGGUCACAUGGCAGUGAAAUAGAAGAAUUACACAAUAACGAUUCCUCCGCUCCACAGGGGGCGCAAUUACAUCGCCGCUGCCUCUCUGUCAUUUGAACAGGAAUAAAAGAUUUAGCGGAAGUGCCAAAAGCUAGGAGAAGAAGAAGGAGCCGGUAGCCGCGGCUUCCCAGAUGUUUAAAAGCGGUCCGGCCGCUCUAACCGAGCAUCUUUUUUGAAGGGUUCUUCCUUGGAUGUGAGAGUUCUGUGGAUGGCAAAAAUGGAUCGACUUGCAGUUAAUCUGUGGGUGAAGAUGGAACCUUUUAUAGUGGGAGCCUUGCAAAUCCCACCUCCCUCCAAGUUUAGCAUGCAUUAUCUCCGGAAGAUGUCAACGUAUGUCCGAAUACGUGCCAGUGAAGGCUGUUAUCCAUAUCUUUCCUGGCCUAUGUGGAGACACAUUGCUUGUGGGAAGCUGCAGAUAGAAAAGAACCUGGCUUGGUUAUACUUUGAAUUAUUCAACAGUCUUGUUGAUCGGACUUCAGAGGAGCGACUGGAGUGGGCAGAGGUGAUAUCCUGCUGUGCAACUGAGGAGGAGGCAGAGAAGCAAAAGAAUAAGUUGUCUGUGGACACUCUACAGUUCCUGCUGUUUCUUUAUAUUCAGCAACUAAACAAGGUAUCCCUGAGAACAUCCCUACUUGGAGAUGAGUGGCCAAAUCCUAGAUCCAAGUAUUACAGUCUGACUGGAGAAUCCACCAAUCAGAUUAAGAACUGGAAUGACAACUACCAGCAAGACUUUGUCCAGCACCAUCUCCAAGAUCUUCUGGAAUUGUUACUGGACCCAGAGCAGCUCACUGCCUCCUUGCACUCUACCCACAAUAGCCUGGUGUCGCUUGAGGCUGUUCGUGCUCUUGGCUUCCUUAUUGAAGGAUGUGUGAACAAAAGCAGGACUGUCCACCCUCUGCAUGAGCUUGCACUCUGGCAGCCAUUACAUGCAAAAAGUGGUUUCUCAAAGAUCUCCAAAGCCUUCUCCUUCCCCAAGCUUGAGACCUGGCUGAGGGCUUGUCUGACUGGGAAUCCAUUUGGGACAUCAGCCUGUCUCAAGUCUGGGAAGAAACUUGCAUGGGCACAGCAAGUUGAAGGAACAACCAAGCGAGCGAAGAUAGCCUGUAAUACUCAUAUGGUCCCUUUAGCACACCGUAUAGUGGUAAUGAGCCAAGUUUACAAGCAAACAUUGGCAAAAAGUUCAGAUACCCUAGAAGAUACUCACGUGAAGAUUCAUCGCUGCUGUGAAUCCUUCAUCUAUUUGCUUUCUCCACUGAGAUCUGUCACCAUUGAGAAGUGCAGGAAUAGCACCUUUGUCCUUGGCCCAGUGCAGACAGUAGUUCACCUCCACAGCUGUGACAGUGUCAAACUUAUUGCUGUUUGCCAUCGUCUGUCUCUGUCAUCAACCACCAGUUGUACCUUGCAUGUUCUCACCCCAACUAGACCUCUCAUCUUAUUGGGUAACCAAGCAAUAACCUUUGCCCCCUUCCACACCCAUUAUCCAAUGCUUGAGGACCACAUGGGCAGGACUGGCCUGGCUACAGUGCCUAACUAUUGGGAUAAUCCAAUGUUAGUAUGCAAAGAGAACUGUGAUCGGAAUGUCUUCAGACUCCUCCCACCAUCAGAGUUUUACCCCUUUGUUGUUCCAUUUGAAAUGGAAGGAGACACAACAGAAAUACCUGGUGGGCUGCCACCUGCAUACCAAAAGGCACUGAGUCAACGAGAGCAGAGAAUACAGAUCUGGCAGAAGACUGUGAAGGAGGCAGGGCUGACGAAGGAACAGAGGAAGACAUUCCAGGUAUUGGUGGAGAAUAAGUUCUAUGAAUGGCUAAUCCACACAGGCAGUCGCCAACAACUUGACAGUCUGGUGCUUCCUGCUGCAGUUUCUAAGCAGGCAGCAGGAUAGGAGAGCUUUUGAAGGACACAGUUGUUAGUUCUGGAGAUGCACUGUGCCAUAUUAAAGUGUUUACCUCGCAAUAGACUGGGGCCAAGCUGAUUAAAAGCUCUUCUGGCAUUGUUAAUGAAUUUGGAAACUUGAAUUUGCUUCUUACUGUCAAAGAGGAGAUGGACUUCCCUUCUCUGUUCCAGCUGUCACAAUAUCUUCCCUUGCUGCUUCUUUCUCAAGCAGCCAGCCUCUCUAGGAAAUGAGCCAAGACUUUGUUGUUACCACGUCUAUCCAUGGCUGAGAGAGAAAUUUAUGUUUAAAGGUGUCCCCAAAAGGAGUUGCUUUAGAUAGCAGCAAGGUUCUGGAUGCUGAAUGAACUUUCCCCCUUCUAUUAACUGAACGUUGAUUGUAUAAAAUCCACUAGAUGUAUUUUUAUACUUGUUUCACACUUCAACUAUGAACUUUAAUUAAAUUUGCACAGUUGCUUUUGUUUCAUUUUCUUUUUUCAGAUUCUAUUGAAUGAUGAAAUUAUUCAUUAUUGUCUUUAUGUCACAAACAGGGUCCUGGAGCCAUUGCUUUUUCCUCUCUAAAAGAAAUUGGUAUCCUGCUCAGUCCCCUUCUACCUUAAUGUGCUUUACAGAUAUAACAGAAUAAAAAUCAUUCUUCCCUGAAACAUUCAUCUCUCCCUGUAGGAGAAUACUUUGUGUAUUCAUAAGACAUUCAGACUUACCUUGCUUUUUCUGAGGAGGCACCCAGGUAGAAUAGUGAAUUAGUCCAGGCAAAAGUUUUUCAGAUUUGGGAAGAUAAGGAAAUACAAUGGCAUGUGUCCAGGUCACCUGUGAAAACUGCAGGCAUAACUAUUAUAAAAAGCUAGUGGUUAGGUAUCAAGAUAUUGUCAGUUGCCCAUUGUAAAAGUUAAGAAAGUUGCUUUGGCUGUAAUCCUAUGCAUACAUCCCUGGGAGUAAGUUGCAUUAAACUUAUUUUAAGGUUUUUUUCUGAACAGACCUGCAUUUCCCUCCUUCUAUUCAUGUUUUACAUCUUUUAUGUCAGCCUGUGCAUAAAAGUGGGGGAUAAUGGCUUUUGUUCUUGAUGUUGCCUAAAUUUUGAAUAUUAACAAGGAUGACAAAAUUAAAACUAUUCCUUUCUGAAAUCAUGUUUUUUUAUUAUGUAAAACUGUCAAGCUUUAUAUGCAGUGGAAGAAAAUUAUCCAAGGGAAGUAGGGUUUUGAUCUGGGGUUUUGGUGGUGAGAAAGACAUCCAUAAGUGCUUUGUUAUGCUUCUCAUCUGUAAUGACUUCAAAGCAUGCACACCUAAUUGGUCUAAUACGACAAAUGUCAACUCUAAUUAAUACUCUGGAUUCGUUAUGCUACAAAGGCCAUCUUAAAAUUUUCCAUUUACAAAGUCACAUUUCUUUAAAACAGCAAAAACUUUCCCAGAUGAUUAAUUUCACUUUGACAGAAGAGGACUGAAGUGCACCUUUCUAAAGUCAAUUGUUGUAGGAUUAUGUCAGAUCAUGCUAUCAGUACACACUAAAAGCUCAAACAUGCUGAAGAGAAGCACAGACAAAUGAAUUUUACUUUAUUACUG